GCGGCGCCCAAUGAAAAAUCCAAGGAGAACGAGCCUGGUGGUGAGGAGACCGGUCUGAAGGACACCAAGGACGCCGUUGUACCCAAGAAGAAGGCAUAUGCACCAACACCGUAUGGAAUCGCAAAGAUCGAAUUCUUUGCAAAGUGGAAUGACAGCGAAGAACGAGCAGAGGUGAUUCGCUCUAUGCCAUACGCUGAAGCCAAGAAGAGGAGGUAUCUGAAGUGA